AUUGGUGAUACAAUGUUUUCCAAACAUGCUUGUCAAAGUGUACCUCUGGAUGUACUUAGUAGCCUUCCUGAUAACGUAAUCGAUGAGAUUCUUAUGUGUUUGCCUUUACGAGAAGCUGUUAGGACAAGCAUCUUAUCGACGAAAUGGAGAUAUAAGUGGUGCAGAAUACCUGAUUUGAAACUCGACUAUAAGCUUUGGCAAUCAAAAGUGGACAAGAGGAGUGUUUUAAAAAAAUUUACUAAAAUCAUCUAUCAUCUUGUGACUUCUCAUGAUGGACCAAUUUCUAAGUUUAUCCUCUCGAUUCGUGGACUUGAAGAUAGUCCUGUGCUUGACAAGUUGAUAUAUUUCCUCUCUAGGAAUAGUGUUCAGCAUCUUGAACUUGAUAUCUCUGGAUACUACAAACAUAAAUUGCCUUCUUCAAUUUUCACUUGUUUGCGAUUGAUGCAUCUAAGCCUCAGUGGUUGUUCAAUACAACUUGCUCCACGGAACUUCAAAGGUUUUGAUACGUUAAUUUGCCUGGAAUUAAGGAACAUGACAAUUUCUUCCAAAAUACUUGAAAAUUUGAUCUCUAAUAGUCCAUUGCUCGAUACCUUAAUGUUGCAUCAAAAUGUUUAUUUUGGUAUCAUUGAAAUUAAUGCUCCCAAGCUUCGAGCCUUUGAAUUCAACGAAAUGGAAGGGUCUAUAUGUUUAAAAAGUACCCCUAAUCUUCAAGAUCUCACACUUUGGCAUAAAAACUAUCAUGUGGGGAGCAGAAAUCAUUUCAAGUCUUUCUAUCAUCUCGAAUAUCUGGUGUUGAAUGGCCAUAGUCUCAAGGUUUUGGCUGUAGCAGCUGGUGAAGUAACAACAAGGCUUCCGUUUGAUCUUAACUCUCUCAAACAACUUUGCCUAGAUGAGAUUUAUCUGCGUGAAUUAGAUGUUGUCUCGAGUGCUGUUUUCUUGAUUAAAAGUUUCCAACACUUGCAAAUAUUGGAAAUACAGGUUGAAGAUUAUGAUAACGAUAUGUCAGCACUACAAUGUCUUGAAUUGGAAGCUUUCUCCGAUGUGAAAUUUAAUCACCUUAGGAAAUUUGAGCUAAGUUGUUUUACAGGCUCGGACCGUGAGAUGCAACUUAUCAAGCUUUUGUUGGCCAAGUCUCCCGUAUUAGAGAAUAUGCGAAUCCAUCCCUUGCCAGAUUAUGAUAAUGCUUCUGAAAAACUCAAAAACGAAAUCCCUGUAUUGCUAAAUACACUUCAGCGUGCAUCACCUCAAGUGGAAGUUGUUUAUGUUUUUGGUAGCUAA